AAUAGCUGCACGAGUGAAACCUUGAUUAGCUAUGACGAAACCCGCUUGCAAAAUGGGGGAAAGUUGACGCUGCUUAAACGCAUAUGAGCGCUGUUACUUUUCAACAGCUGCCAGCUACGAGACGGAGCCGGACACACGGCGCGGGCGAGAGGAAGCCGCAGCUGAACGCACCCUCGACCACGCACGUAACAAACCAACAAAUGGAGCGCUCAGCUGACCGUUCUACGGUCUAUGCUGUUUUCUACUCUCUGUUUUUCUUUUUUUGCCUUUUGUUUCGGUGCGCCAACUUGCCUACCGUUCCUCCUCGCACCACAAAUACAACUCCAUGUGCUUUUCGCCACACCUUCUGCCGCGAUGGAUACUCCGGCCAAUAAGCGCGGGGCCUCCGCGUACCACGUGACCGAAGCGGGCCAAUCGCGGGUCGCCGUUUUCAAAUUCGGUUCCUCUUUGUCCUGGGCCCGUGCAACGAAAAUUUGCAGCGAGCUUGCGUGCGGCCGUAGAUUUUGCCUUUGCAUCGCGUUGCCCCGGGGAAAAACAAUCGUUGGAACCAAUGUGAGCGUUUGUCAACGUCUUGGGCACACCGUUUGCGUCGAAACACGCAACAAGUAAGCUGCCGUCAUGGAGCUAUACGAGGAGGCGUUCAAGCUACAGGAGAUGAUCGAGUCGGACAUGCGUGCCGAGAUGUCGCCGUCGGGAGGCGACUUGCGUUGCGGCAUGGUCGAUGACUCGCUCGACCCCUUCGAUCCGCCCUCGGUCUGGUCCACAGGCAUCUCGCUCAUCUCCGAGCUGGACGGCCUUGAGGGCCUGCUGGUCGACCCGCAGACAGGCCUGCCGUCACACCACCGUUCCUCUACGGGCUCCGGUACGCUGCAGCUGAACGUCACGCUUGCGGCCGUCACCACCGCAGCCACAACAGCUCCCACCAUGCAGACCACGUCGUCCACAACGUCCUUAGACCAGCUGAAUGUGCAACCUAUGUCGUCCCCAUCGUCACCGGACGAUGAUGCGGGCAUGGUGACGUCGCUGCAAGAUAUGGCAGCAGCCGACGAUGCCCUGGCCCCUGGUUCCUACCCUAAGCCGGCCUACUCGUACUCGUGCCUCAUCGCCAUGGCAUUGCGGAAUAGCAGCACAGGCAGCCUUCCUGUCAACGAAAUCUACAGCUUCAUGACGGAGAACUUCCCGUACUUCCGGACGGCACCAAGCGGGUGGAAGAACUCGGUGCGCCACAACCUGUCCCUGAACAAGUGCUUCGAGAAGAUCGAGAAGCCCGGGGCGCAGCAGCGCAAGGGCUGCCUCUGGACUUUGAACCCGGCCCGAGCCGCCAAGAUGCACGACGAGCUUCUCAAGUGGAGUCGCAAGGACCCGGCAGCCAUUCGGAGAAGCAUGGCCAACCCCGACCGCCUCGAACUGCUCGAACGCGGCCAGUCUCUGUCCGCACUCACUGCUCCCGGUGACUCCACGCUCAACAACGACGAGGAGGGCUGACAACCCGGGCCUGUCCAGACCGAAUCGUGCCCCUAGUCAGACGGACUGCGCACACGCUACAGGUGCUCACUCGGAACUAGGGCCAAAGGCCCGGUCUCCUCUGCGGUAGCCGCAGUCGACAGCAGCUCUGAACGGAGUGCAAAUAUCUUCGAUUCUUGCCCGCACUGGCUGCACGAUCCACCACCACAGGUGCUGGGACACCGUUGUGAUAAGUCUGAGCACUAAAGCGCGGGCGUUGUUUCAGCUUCUCCGGUUCAAGCUUGCCCGGCCAAAGCACAUCUGUCCACCACUGCUGUCACAUAUCACCUACACUACCCUACGAGACUGACUACUACAUCAUUGGUGAAUCAAGGUAGUGCGCCAGCUUAUAAAGAAACGCAACGUGCAGAAGUGGCACGGUCGGUAGUCGGGGCAGGAGAAUCGAAAAGACUGCAUUUUGCACUUCCUCACAGGUGGCCUCCAGGAUGCUGCAACUCUGUGCGUUACAAGAGGUUCUGCAGGUGGCGCCUUCUGGUGCAGGGUAGUGUUGACGUACAUGGACAAAGUUGUGAUGUGCGUUUCCGAAAAGCACAUAUAUAUACAUAGUCGCUCUCCAGUGUUGCCAUUUGCUAGGCAAGCACCCAAAGCAAACAAAAAUGAAUUUGACGAGGUGUAGAACAGGCAAAAUGGGGGCAUAGUAAUACUCUGGCUACAUGGGCAUUUUCAAAGAAGUUCCUGUUGGUAGCUGCGAUACACACUUGGAUUCAGUGGUCAACUGAGGAAUGCUGUCAAGAAGGGUAUGACUGGCCAGUCACUCGCAAGUGUUAUGUGCACGCGAGCACGAUUGCCCUGAAAAUUUUCGUAUGAAGCAAAGUUCAUUGCAAAUAGUCAAAAUUUGACUUUUGAAGUCAAGUUAUAAAGCAAAACAGUUACGGCAGAGUCAGGUUUGAGCCAGCGGGCCUACUGCUGUGAGAACAUUGCACAAAGUAUGUAAGUGCAACUUGAGCAUUUCUAAGAAAGCCACAGUGUCCUUGCAAAGAAUGAAAGACCGCACUUUAGAUGCAAGAUUCCCUGUGACCUAUUUUCAGUGUUAUUAGUCUAACCAGUCAGUAGAGAGUAUAGUUUUACCCAUGUGGACAGUAGCUGCCCACUAUCUGUGUAACCAUGUCGGAUGUGUAAAUGAAACCUCACUAUAAUGAGGUUACAUCCAACAUGAAAGUGCAUUCGUUUAUCCAAUAUUUGUAAUAACCAUACAUUCAUUACAUGCGGAUAUUGACGAGAAACAUAUUUACUCCAUUAUAUCUGAUAAUUCGUUGUCUUGAGCUUCAACUGCACUGCACUUGCGAGUGUGCAAAGUUUUGCCACACAGCUAUACAAGCAUUCCAUACAGCAACACGACGAAUUUCGACUGGAACAACUCAUAAAAAAAAUUUGCGAGAUGUCAUCAUUAGUAACAAAGCAGUUUUGACUGUAUGAGUGGUGUGGGCCAGUCACAUUCAAACACAACUGACUAGUGCA